UCAACAGCAAACUGCCCUCUGCGGUUCUUGUUUCCGCUACAUUGUUCAGAGGGAUGAGCUUUGAUGCUCACAUCGCAUCACCGCUUCUACGUCGCAGGCAGACGCAUAUUUCUCGUUUUCCCACGCGCUGAUUGUCAGCAAAAGCAACGUGAAUUUAGUUGCAACAUCACUCUACAGUACAACGGGCUCGCUGCGCGGAUUAAACCUCAUCUGUCGGGCAGCGCUGCUGGGGGAAACCCAGACUCAUUACAGCUGCACCACUGAUGAUUUAAUCCUUGGAAAUGACAGAGGAAAAAGGGUAGCCUCAUGCACUGUGUAGACAUGAGAGGACCAAGCACGUGAAGAUGUCCCAGAAGGCAACUAAAACAUGGUGCCUUAGGCUUCUCCUAGUUCUCCUCUUCUUCAUCUCCUUUGUCACAUACUACUGCUCCUAUGCCAUACUUCAGAGCUACGGCGGCACCAGCAAGUCUCUGAACAGUAGCAAGUCGCCGUGUGGUGGCUGGCUAACCCAGCAGAAGUGGGAGAGCCUUAACUUUAACAUUAGCAGACAGAAGCAGCUCUUUCUGAAACUGGAGGAUUUCUUCUGGCAGGAGCAUCUGUCAAAGCAGGCAUUACCUUAUGGUAUUAAGGGCAGCGAGCUGCUGCUACUGAAAGUUCUUGCUGUAAUUGCAAAUUAUCAGGUGCCAGCCAACAUUCAAAACCUUGAAUGCAGAACAUGUGUAGUCAUAGGCAAUGGCUUCGCCAUCAAAAACAGCUCCCUGGGAAGCAUCAUCAACAAAUAUGACGUGGUCAUCCGGUUGAAUGACGCCCCAGUGCGAGGCUAUGAGGAGGACGUGGGCAACAAGACCACAAUGAGGUUCUUCUACCCCGAGUCGGCCUCUUACAACCCCGGACUCCACAACGAGCCUGGCACGCUUAUGGUCCUGGUGCCUUUCAAGCAGCAAGAUCUACGGUGGCUUAAAGAGAUCCUAUAUAAUGAGAAGAGGGUCAGGAAAGGCUUUUGGAAGCCCCCUCCCCAAAUCUGGUUAGGUGAUGUCAGUAAAAUCAGAGUGCUGGAUCCCCACUUUCUGCACCAGACUGCAGACAGACUGCUCAAGAUCCCUCUGCAUCCAAAGAGUAGACAGCCAGUGCAUCCCACCACGGGUAUCCUUGCUGUGUUCGUUGCUCUCAACUACUGUGAUGUGGUCCACAUAGCCGGGUUUGGAUACCCCAACUCAAGGAGCCAAAAGGACCCUAUCCAUUACUACGGAAAAGACACCAUGAAGUCUAUGAAGAAUUCCUACCAUGACCUCAAUCAUGAAGCUGAAGCCUUAAAACAACUGGAGGAUUCAGGAGCCAUUUUAUACCUGCACCGACAUUUAUGAUGCACACACUUUUCCAGUCGAUUUAACCCAAAAAGAUAACUGAAAAUCAAAAUCCUCUUUGAGUGCAGUUUUGGUCACCUGAUCCAAAUCAGAUCGUAAUGUGCCUUCUGGAGUGCGACUCGACAUUUUGCUGGUGCGUUAAAUCAUGCGGUGUCACGAGCGAGGCUCUGAAGAAUGUUCAUCUCAAGACGUAAAAAGAGAUGGAACUGCUUUUCAGGCAGCUUUCCUUUGAUUUGUCAGGUAGAUCCACCUUUGGUUACAUGACCCUGCACUUUGCAUAACGUUUAAAGGUUUGCAGCUUUUAUGGGUUUUGAAUCACAAGUUCAAGUUAGUUUGCAGGACGCUAACUAUUCAUGCGGUGACCCAGUUGUCUGCUUGUGAUAACCCAGUCCCAGCCAACACAUUACAUCAGAUAAUGUGGGAUUUUGGAUAAUUCCAGUGCUUUGAUGUUGCUUUUAGGGACAUGUGAUAUCAUGGGAUUAUAACUGCUGCAUCGUAGGAAUCGAGCGUUUCAGCUCAAAUGUUUUUGUUUCGUUUUUUUUGUGCAGAGAUUACAUGCAUAUCACUGAGCUGUAAAACUAAUCAGCCUGGAUUAUUUCUUGCUGUAUACGCUCACUAUGGUUUGAGAUUCAUUUUCAGUUUUAUCAAGUCUGAAUAUUAUUUCUUCUGAAUUAAAAAUCAGUUACAGUAAAGAGGUGCAUUAGAAUCUGUCGGGAUUAAUGAGAACUUCCACUUCAGUGUGUUUUAGUUUAAAUGAAAGGAAAAUGAAUUGAUUACAAACCUGAUCAGGCGGUCAGGUGGAUUAGAGUCACUUUACUUUUAGAUUUCUUGGACUGGAAAUACUACUUGUAUUUUGCUCAUUCGAUUUUUAAUUGCAUCAAUUGUCUUGUUUUUGUUUUUUAAUUUAUUUAAUCUUUUUUUUUUCAGAAAGUAUAAUAGUCAAUGGUGCCACUGGAUAUUUUUUAUUGUACAGGAUGAAAUAAAUUUUUAAUUAAGAGGA